AGCUUAUCAUAAGGUUAGUGUUUUGAAACAGAGUGUGGUAAGCGAGUUUUCAAAUUCAGAUUUGAAAGUGAAUAAAAUAUACAAUACGAACGGAUAGAGUACGUCGGUUACCCGUUAAAUUAGUUUGUUUAAAAAUAAUCUUAGUUGUUACGCAUUCUGUAGGCUUAGAUCAGUGUAGAAUAAAGAAUAAAAUAAGUCACAUUCAAUUUAGUUUCUGCGUAUACGCUGCUAUUUAGUAUUUACUCUCUUUUACUAAUCGACGUCUUUUUUGACGUAGCUAUAAGCUGAUUGUUUAUUAUAAUGUUUGCUGGUGUUAUGAAGCGCACGCAACCACAAGAUACCAACGCAUUCAAUACAGAAGAAAUACCCAAUAAACUAACAACAGAAAUGCAGCAGCAAAACGGUACGAACCAACCGAGAGUGAUCCCGGUUCAGCAUAUUCACUCAGGACAACAGCAGUUCCCAAUGCACAAUCCAACGAAAAUGCCUCAACCGUUCGCCCCCCAGACCAGCAUGCCAAUGCCGCAACAGCAUUUCCCAAACCAAGUACGUAGCACUACCCCCGACUGUAUAGCGAUACCCGUCCAGCACUUUAACCCUGGAUCGGCGCAAGAUGUCUCCGUCGCUGUUUUACACGAAGAAACAUUAAAACCCCCAACUCCUACAAGCUCGCCCGGUAGUCAGUAUAUAGAAUCUGAGCCUGUGUAUAUCCCUACCCCAUCCCCGCAACCACAGUCCCCAGUUCCAGAUGACUUAUUGACCUCGGCCACCACGGAAAACAAGGCCGACGAUACGAUUGAACCAGAUAUGCCACAGGCGGCGCCUAAAGAACGGAAGGUUCCAAUCCAAGUUGUCCAUGAGUCUCCAAAACAGCCGAAUUAUCAUCCACAGCAAGCUAAGCCACAAGCCCCACCUCAAAGUUACCCCCAGCAACAACCAUAUCAGCAACCGAAUUUUGCACGAUUUUCCACUUCCCCACCACAACAACAAUUCCCAAAUCAGCAGCAACCGCCACAGCAGACGCAACAGCAACCUGGCCAUAGAGACGUUCCUAUUACUGCCUCCCCAAAGCCCACUGCCGCUCCUCCAACACCGACACCCCCUGUAACACAAGCGCCCAAACCGCACAUGCCAAGCCCACCGCCUGCCCAGGACGAUCACCGUGUCAUAGCCGCACGCAAAAAGAUCGCCGACGCGCUGUCCGACCUUGAAUCGAUCGAAAAUGACGUAAACCAGUUCUCUGGUGAAUCAAAGGACAAAGCGUAUCUUAAACUGGAACAUCUGCUUACAAAGAAAUUGCUGGCCCUGGACGAAGUUACAGCAGCAGGAGCUCCUGGCGAAUCCGACAUUCGAGCUGAACGAAAAGCGGCGGUGAAACGUGUUCAACAAACAUUAGACGUAUUAGAACUUAAAUCCAUGGCGAGCUGAAAAAUGAGUUUUGUUCUUCAUUGUUUGAACUUUUAACGCCAAUUUAAAUAUACUACCAAAAGUUCAUAGAGUAUAUAACGAAAAUGGGUUUACGUUUUAUAACUUGCUGUUAACUUACGUUGUUAUGUGUCGUCCUGAUGUCUUCUGGUUUAAUUUCAAAGCCCUUAUGUAAAGGUUGCAAGAGCUACUCUUUAUAAAGCUCGUUUCUGCUGUUAUAACUCGUAAAAUGUCUUUGUAGUCUAAAUUGAGUUACUGUCGAAUUUUUCAUACUUCAACAAAUUGCUUGGUGCUGCAUCGCGCAUGUGCAAACAUGACUGAAACAUUUUGCUUUUUCGUUCAUUGUACACGUUUAGCUGUGUGUAGGCAAUUAGAAGUAUUUCGAUUUUCGUAAUGUUAUAAUAUAGAUUAUAUACAUUUUUUGAAUUGUUAUAAUAUUAAAAAUCGUUCAAA